CUUUCUUUUUCUUAAAUAUUAUACACAAUGAGUCAACAACCUAGUUACUUCAUGGCAGCACUUUGUACAGCAGGAGGUAUUGCUGGAUAUGUUCGUACGCGAUCUUUACCGUCAUUAGUCGCAGGUGUAGGUGUAGGUGUUUUAUACGGUAUAGCUGCCUCAAAUAUUCAAGGAAAAGGAAAAUAUGGUCAAGAGACCGCCAUAGCAGCCUCCGUUAUCAUGGCCAGCAGUAUGGUACCUAAGGCUAUUAAAACUAGUAAAGCUUUUCCUGUCACCAUGGCUCUUUGCUCUGUAGCCACUGGGGCCUAUUAUACCAAAAAGAUGGUCGAGCAAUGGUGAAUAAAAGGGGUGAUUCCUCUUCUUUUUUUUAAAAAUGUACAUGAUUAUUAUUUUUUUAUUUUUAUUUUUUACACAUUCUCUUCUCUGGUAGCUGGGGUGAAUGCGACAGCACCUUUAGGACCAACCACGGCAUAACAUGAUGGGAAACCGUCUGUAGACUUUUGAGCAUAUCCGGGAUGUUUCUUUUUAGUGUAAUCGAUAAAUUCAGAUUCAGGCACACUGGGGAAAAUUGAAGAUUGCUCAAAUAAUUGAGCUGCUGAAUCAUUGGCAGCAGCUAAAGCGUUCAUCCUAUAUCUUUGGUUAAGCCAAUUUUUUUUUGUCAUUCCUAUCAUUAUCAUCAACUUACAAUCUGGACUUUUCAAAACGAGGUUGAACACGGGAAGUCAAAUAGAAAUCACCUGGACCCUUUAAUUUAACAAAAUCCUACGCAAUAAAACUAUUAGACAAUUUUUCCUUUCACUCUUUUUAAUGUCUUACAGGUGCACCCAUCAAAUAAUUA